UAACCCUCUCCCUUCCUCAAACCCACUAGUUCCGUUGACAAAAAAGGUCAUCUGUCUCUCUGCUUCUUCUUUCUCACACACCGGCGGUGGAGGAGCAAAGGAGGGGAUGCAAGGGAUAGGGUGUUUCCGUUCUGUAUCGGACGGGGGAGUGAGGGUGGAGCUAACGGCGGCAGCAACAGCCACGGCGAUGACAAGAGGCCCUUUGACGAUAGAUGUGGCGGAAUCGGUGGAGAAGAAGAUCGAGCGGCUUAUAUCGGAGAAUCCGGUGGUCAUAUUCAGCCGGUCGUCGUGCUACAUGUGCCAUGUGAUGAAGAGGCUACUGUCCACCAUAGGUGUGCACCCCACCGUCAUCGAAUUGGACGAUGGAGAGUUGGGUGCUCUCGCUGCUCUUGAUAUCAGCGACGGAGAAGGUGGGACUGGUGCUCCUGCUCCUGUAGUUUUCAUAGGUGGGACGCGCGUCGGAGGUCUAGAGAGUCUCAUGGCUCUUCAUGUCAGUGGACAUCUUGUGCCCAAGCUUAGAGAUGUUGGUGCCCUUUGGGACUGAUGCUCAUCAUUCAUCACCCUAUUUCUGUAAUCUCGGUUCCUACCUACAGAGAUAUUAAUAUCACCAUCAUUGUAAUUGAACAAAUUAGGAAUUCUCUUACCCUUUCUUGAUGUUUUAUAUUUUUAUUCUGUUUUUUUUUUUGUUUCAUUUCCUUUCCUUUUUACUGUUUAUAGUUGGGGGCAGAAAAGAUUGAAUUGGUGCAGUGCAGAGAUGAUGUAAAGACUAAAAGAAGAAGAAGAAGGAAGAAGAAGGAAGAAGAAAGAAGAAAGAGGAGUUUGUUGUAUUUUAAAGGUUUUAUAAUUACUACUCUAUUUGAGGAGUGUGGCGUC